AUGGAAGAUCUCCCAAUGGAUGACACAGGGCCUGUCAGGACAGAUCAGCCCGAAUACUCCGCCGGGUUUACUUCUUUUGGUACCGCAGCAGACCCCCAGCCGGAGGAAAGUGACCAGAGCAUGGACGAAUCAGGACCCUCAACGCCUACCCACGACACGGAUCUGCUCGAAGACAGCGAUGAAGAAAUUCGGGUCAUCAAGCCGUAUGAUAUUGAAGAGCCCGAUCAUGAGUUAGAAUCUCCGGUGCCAAGGGUAGAUCAACUGUGUCUCCCAGAUCGGUUCGAACGAUGGCAGCGUGACUUGACAGACUACCUGGAUGACCUGGACGACCGGCCAGUUGAAUUUAAUGGCAAUACAAUGCGGUCGAUGCGGAAGAGAGGACGAAAGAGGAAGCCACCCAACAACACUCCCGCUACACAGCCGUCUAAUCCGCCCUCUAAACAAAGAUAUGCAUCAGCCGAGACUCAGCCUCAAAUGCACGACCACAUCCCCAAAAGACGAAGGGUUAGCGAACCACCACAAUGGAAUCCUUCAAAUGUGGACUCAUUUGGCGCUUUCCGGGAAACCAACACGAAUGAAAGCUCAAGUUCAGAGACACAAUCGGUGGACCUGAAUCACAAUGAGACCAUGAAUAACUCGCCCGUGGCCGAUGAAAUGGAUAUCGACUGA